UGGAAACGUUUAUCUUUUUGACAAAACGUUUUGUUUACACUUUCGUCUGCACAAAAUAGCUCACUGUCCAAACUUUUUGCAUUUUUCAGGCAAAAGGUUGUGCAAAUUUAGUAAGAAAAAUCAUAAUAAUGAGUGUAGCGGUUUGUUAAACGCAGUCAAACAAACUACGGAAAUAUUGAAGUGAAUUCGUGCAACUCUAGAACGCAUUACGGAAGAGCAACACAAUAUGAAAUACUCCACCUCUCCGACUCCUUCGCGUAGUAAUAGCUCUUCGCUCCUGGGGGGAAUGUCGUCAUCCAGAACCACAUCCCCGUUGCCUCCGCCGGCCAAUUACCGGAACGACUGCAUGAGCGCCACCAACAAAAGCUACAAAUAUCUCCGGCGGUUCAUCAAGUUCGACCAGAUGGACUUCGAGUUUGCGAUGUGGCAAAUGCUGUACUUGUUCAUUGCGCCCAAGAAAGUGUACCGGAACUUCAAUUACCGGAAGCAAACCAAAUCUCAGUUUGCGCGCGAUGACCCAGCUUUCCUGGUACUGUUGGUUGGAUGCUUGUGUGUCACAUCUAUCGGCUUUGCGUGGGUGCUGAGCCUAGGAAUCGGCCAAAGUUUAGUAUUUCUAUUGUACGUGGUGUUUGUGGAUUGCAUUCUUUGCGGAAUGGUAGUGGCGACAAUGCUGUGGUUCAUCACGAACCAUUACUUGCGAGAUCGUGCCUCGGACUUGGACGUGGAAUGGGGCUAUGCAUUCGAUGUGCAUCUGAAUGCAUUUUUCCCUCCGUUAAUUUUGUUGCACUUCAUUCAGCUAUUCUUCUAUCAUCCGCUCAUCAGCCAGGACUGGUUUAUUUCGACUUUGAUAGGCAACACAAUCUGGCUGGCCGCGCUCAGUUACUACAUUUAUAUAACCUUCCUGGGUUAUAACGCAGUACCCAAUCUAAGAAAUACCCGAAUCAUUUUGGUUACACUACCAUUGGUGUUUCUAUUUUACAUUGUUACGUUAAUCAUUCGCUGGAAUUUGAGCGUUUCGUUAAUGUAUUUUUAUCACUAUAGAGUUCUGUAAGGACGAAGGAGCAAUAAAAUACACAUCAUGUAA